UGACGCAUCACUAAAGUUUAUAUAAUUGCAAAAUUAACAUUUUCUGCGUUAAAUUUGUGGUCAUUUAAAGAAUAAAAAUGCAGGGUCUUGGUCUUCAGAGUAUCAAGAAGAAUCCGGCUUUGAUUCCGCUGUACGUGUGCGUUGCGGCCGGAGCUGUUGGCGCAGUGUACUACAUGGCUCGCCUGGCCACUAGGAAUCCGGAUGUGACCUGGAACCGCUCCUCAAACCCCGAGCCCUGGCAGGAGUACAAGGACAAGCAAUACAAGUUUUACUCGCCAGUUAGGGAUUACUCGAAAACCAAGAGUGCAGCACCAAACUUUGAAGAGUAAUCUAAAAUCUUGCAAUUUUUUUGGCAAAGCAAAUAUUAUGUAUCUAAUGAUAAUGGCUGUAAUCAUGUAGCAGUUAAAUAGCCUAUUAAAAACCAGCUACACUACUAAAA